AAGUAUGUGUUUAAAACAAAAAUCACCACACUACUGAGGUAAAAGGUGGGCGUGUCCAUAAACAGAAAAGAAGAGAGAAAACAACUUUUAAACUGUUAACCAUGUUGUUAAUGUUUGAGGAUCACCACAAGGAGCACCUAUCCUUUCUAACAGAUACUGAAAUUGAUGUGGUAAAAGAAUUUUGUAGAAUUAGUAUGGAUUUCAUCAGGAAAGGAGCAAACCCAAAGGUUUAUAUAGGAGCUGCUCAAAAAUUAAAAGUUGAACCAGAAACUGUACAGCAUGGGGUUGAAGGUUUGAUGUAUUUGUUAACAGAGAGUUCUAAAUUAAUGUUGAAUGAGAUAGAUUUCCAGGAUUCCAUCUUGACAUUAGGAUUUUCAGAAGAGAUGAGACAGACAUUGUUACAAUUAUAUCUACAGAAUAGAAAAGAAAUCAGGACAAUAUUAUCAGAGAUGUCUAUGGACCUACCACAUUAUCAUAACUUAGAAUGGAGGUUUGAUGUUCAGCUCGGUAGUAGAUCUUUGAGAAGACAGACUACACCAACAGUAUUAUUUAAACUUCACACAGAAGAAUCAGGACUGAGAGAAACAACUGUUUUACAAACAGAUCCUGUAAAUUUAGUGCAUAUGACAAAAGUUUUAGAUGAAGCUUUACAGGAAAUUAAAUCAUCUUACUGCCGAAGAAUUCUUAGAAACAUAAAAUGAUGGAUUACUUAAGGCAAAAAUUACUUUUCCGAAGUAUAAAAAAACAUGAGCCACAAACAGAAUGUGCAAUAUAUGGAUUCAGUUAGCAUGCACUUUUUUUUCAGAGUAAUUUUCAAUUUCAUAACAAAAAAGGAAUUUUCUUUUGAAUUUGAUAUUCUGAAACAAAAUUAAAAUUGUUAUUUAUUUUCAUUUUUUCUAUUAAAAAGACAUUUCAUGAAA